UAAAAAGUGAUUAUGUGCCAAAGGGUGUAAUUACAAAUAUCACUGGUUUCGAUGUCUACAGUGUCGUUCCUGACUCAUUUGCUGAAGCUAAAACCAAAAAUGCGAUUAUCGUUUGUUACGAUGUUUUUGGAUUUCAUGAAAAUGUAAAGCAAUUUUGUGAUAUAUUAGGAACUCAAGGUCAGUGUUAA